GCUGUGACGUGUGUGUGAACUGAUCCAGCUCUCAGGCUCUCAGUGAUUUUAAGUGUUUCUGCAGCAUUUCCGUCCUGAAGCGCCUCCGUCUGAAGGACCGCAGUACAUGAACAAAGCCUUCAGCGCGUACCGCGGCAUCUACAUCGAGAAGGAGGACUUACAGAUGGAGCUCAAUAAAGUGAAAAAGGAGAAGCUGGAUUUAGAGAGGCUUCUGAAGGAGCAGCUGCAGGCCAAAGAACUGGAGCUGCUGCAGCUCAGAUCGGAGAUGGACACGAGCCAAGGUGACGUUCAGUGUUUCAUCACGCUUUCAGGAGUCACUACCACACACUCACUAGUGCUUCUGAAGAACUGGGACAGAGCUGUGCUCAUGCUGGGCAAACAGGAAUGAUGUAGCUACAAAUGCUUUCAGUAUUAUUCAUUUAUUAUAUGUG